CAAGCAAUCGAUCACUUUAAAAAUAUCCAAAUCAUUCUUGUUUAAAAUCACUAAACAGCUACCUACCCUACAUCACACCUUGCAGAUGUUCAACAUCUCUAUAAAAGUAAUACACGCUACGUACUAUAUAAUCACAAUCACGCCCGCCAAAGCUCCACAAAUUCCAAGCUUCAACCUCGCUCCUUAACCCUCAGGUCAAAUUCAAUCAAACUGCCAAUGGAGCAGCCCGCGCAUCCAUACUACCCUCUUGGUGUCUCCAUCUCCAACUACAUCCCAAAUGACCGUCCACUCAUCCACUCGCUUCCUGCCUUUGGAGCUCUCAUCGGCGCUGUGAUAGUUUCGGCCGUCUUCCUCUCCGGCUCCGGCACCCGGCGCCAUGUCCGGCCCAUUGAUCGGUUUGCGGCUUUAUGGUUUGCUCUGUGUGGCUUUUUGCAUGUAGCUUUUGAAGGAUACUACAUCUACCACCGUAACGACAUUUCCGGCAUGAACACCCUGUUCGCUCAGCUUUGGAAAGAGUACGCCCUCUCCGACUCACGCUACCUCACCUCCGACGUCUUCACCGUCUGCGUAGAAACUAUUACCGUUUUUGCAUGGGGCCCUCUCAGUCUCCUCACAGUCCUCUGUAUCCGCACCAACCAUCCGUCAAGACAUGUCUUCCAGGUCAUCGUCUGCGUCGCUCACCUCUAUGGAGUAGCCCUCUACUACGCCACCAACUGGGCCGAGCAACGUUUUCACAGCGUGUCCUACAGUCGACCUGAAUUUCUCUAUUUCUGGGUCUAUUAUGUCGGUUUCAACGCCCCGUGGGCCAUUGUCCCUUUCCUGCUACUGGCCGACAGCUACAGUCGAAUAGUGAAGGCAUUUCGAGCGCUGCAUGAAAAGGAAGCUCAGCAGAAGAGGGAGUGACGAGGUGCAAGUUGCUGCGCGUUCCUCUAGAGAUACAUGCUCCUGUGUAUAUGUAAUUUCUUACGUCCCUUUGAGUAGAUACUUUGUAUAUGUACGCCUUGGCAAUGCUUCAAGUACGAAGCACAUAGAAAGCGUCAUUUGUG